AUGGGAGAUGGUGCUGCCUACAUGCCCUACGACACCAAGCCGCUGAAUGGACACGGACACGGACACCAAGGUGCCAGUGGAUCAAAUGGAGCCGGAGUGAUGAGAGUGACGAAUGAAAAUGGCAUGAGCAAUGGAUAUGGGCGAUAUGAAGCCGUGUAUGAUGAGCCAGGUUUCAAUGCCUUCGUGCCCUACUACCAGGAGAAUGUGAGCAAUUUGGCCAAUGCCAGCUACAUGCAACAUGCGGGUCAGCCAGGCCUUGAAUAUGGUGGGAGCAGUGGGCAGCUACCGCCCAGUGCUGAGCCACAGGUGAAGUGGUGGGUGCACAAAUUCGAUGAACGUGCGCAGUCCACAGGGGCGUACAAGUUACGUAGUGUGGGUAGCAUGAGACCCACCAACCUUGGUCCUACACAGCCCAAGGGAUGUCGCAACAAGGCACGGGAGCAGCGGGUGAAGUUUCAGGAUCAACGCCUCAUUCCAGACGUCCCACGGCCUUUGCGGCCACCCUGUGACAUCGGACUAGCCAUGGCGCUGGCCGAGUUGGAGAAGUCCUCCGCCGCAGGUGUGGGUGAAGUGCGCCAAGUGGCGCGUGAGGGCUUUGAAGCCGUGGGCGAAAUGCGUCAAGGUUUGGGUGAAGUGCGGCAAGUGGUCCGCGAAAGCUUCGACAAAGCAUAUUCAGCGGUGAUUGUGGCAGCCCGGGCCCAUGAAGAGUUGUGCAAGAAGACCGAGCAGUUGAAGAACAACCCAGAUGCAGUCGAGAAAUUGAAGCGCGCCAAGAUCUGCACCCGUGAUGUGUUGCUUUGGCGUUGGUUCGGGCUUACCGCUUGGAUCUACAACCAGGCGGAGUCCGAGUUCUUUCAAUCGUACGGGCGCGAAAUCGAAAGCCAGCUGAUGAAUUCUGUGGCAAAGAUCCGCCAGAGGUUGAUGCAGGAUUUGAUGCUUCGACCUUGCUGGAAGAAGCUCGAGAAGAAGUUGAUUCACUGCGCUGCAACCAACUCUUUCACUCCAGAACUCCAGGGACUUUUGGACCGCUUCCGCUUCAUCUUCGACAGCCUGGGCGGCUCACGGAACCCGGAGCUCCAGGAAUUUCGCGUCUUGGAAGAUACCGAGAAGGUCUUGCAGGAGAUGGCUGAGGAAGACGAGAAGCAACGCAAAGUGGAAGAAGAAUUUGCCGCAGAAGUGUGGAACCAUGCAGGACGCAAAGUCUCAGAAUCGGUGGUCGGCUUCCUUGGAUUAGAUGAUGAUGACGAUGAUCAUAUGCUGCCUUCGGUGCUACCAGUGUUGACGGAGGACGAGGAUCCCAACACCGGCACUGGCGCAGCUAGCAGUACAGAUCUCCCAAUGCCGCAGGGCGAUGCCGAGAACCAGGAUGGCCUCGAUGGCCUCGAUGGCCCGUUAGAUGGCGGCCAGGGUGGCCAGGGUGGCCAGGGUGGCCAGGAUCUUAAUCUCUUCACAGCCUGGGUCUGUCAACAGCCGCAGACUCCAGCCCGCGUGGCUGAGGCUGUGUAA